UCACGACGCGUCUCGCGACUCCCGCACAUACCAUGGCUAAGCGUCGAGCCGUCGCUGAAUCCGACGACGAAAGCGGCUCGGAGCACUACUCCAAGCGCUCACGGACCGCAGACAACAGCGAAGUGGAGGAGGAGGUGCAGCAGCGAGCCACCCAUCGCCGCAGUGACAAAGGGAAGGGGAAGGAACGUGCGCGGACCGCGGGGAGCGACUUGGAGGAGGAAGAUGAUGGCGAUGACCUUGGGGGCGUUGCGGAGCCUGAUGAGGACGAGGAGAAGAAGUUUGAGGAGGAGCACGAGGAGAGGAUCCGGGAGCGGCUCAUGAACAAGUCGAAGACGCAGGGGGGUAUUGCGGAGAUGGGCAUCAUUGAGUCGUUGGAGAUGACCCAAUUCAUGUGCCACAAGUACUUGACAUUCUCCCUGGGUCCCCAGAUUAACUUCAUUAUCGGACACAACGGAAGUGGAAAGAGUGCGGUCUUGUCAGCUUUGACCGUCGCUCUUGGAGGCAAGGCUACGUCGACCGGUCGUGGUAGCGGUCUGAAGUCUUUCAUCCGUGAAGGCCAAAACGUCGCCGAAGUCUCCGUGCAGCUUAAGAACCAGGGCGAGGAGGCGUACAAGCCCAAGGAGUACGGCAAGAGCAUCAUCAUCACUCGCCGCUUCACGAGGGACGGCUCGUCGUCGUACAAGAUCAAGGCCAGGGACGGGAGAACCGUCUCGUCGAAGCGUGAGGAGCUCCAGGCCAUUUGCGACCACAUGAACAUCCAGGUAGACAAUCCGAUGAAUAUCCUGACCCAAGAUUCUGCGCGGCAGUUCCUCUCUGCUUCAUCGCCCGCAGACAAGUAUAAGUUCUUCCUGAAGGGCACACAGCUGAGUCAGCUCAGCGAGGAGUACCAGACUUGCAUGGAGAAUAUCAGCCAAACGGCCAAGGUCCUGAAGCGCAAGGCCGAAGUUAUCCCCGACCUCGAAGAGGCCUAUCGCGAAGCUCAAGCCCGCUUCGAGGAGGCUGAGAUGGCACGGGAGCAACGUCACAAGGCUGAUGAGCUCAAGAAGGAGCUCGCCUGGGCACAUGUCGCGACCAAGGAAGCAGAAUUGACGAGCAAGUUGACGGAGGUGGCCAACAUUCAGCACAAGGUCGAGAAGGCGGAAGCCAAUGUCAAGCAAGCGGAGGCAAAUCGCGCCCAGGUUGAGGCUGAGGUGGGAAGGCUUGAGGAGGAGCUCGAGGCGCUCGGAACCGUCGACACCCUCACCGCCCGCAAGGACCAACUCAAGGCACAGAUCAGGGAAGGUCAGACGAGGCUGACACAACUUCGUAACGACGAGAAGCAGAUGAACGAGUCGCUCGCGGGCGUCAACAACACUAUCGCCGAGCUCGAGAAGCAGAUCGCCGAGGAGCAAGCCCGCCUCGAGACCCGCUCUCGUGACAAGCGCGACAAGACGACCGCCCAGCUCCAGACCGCCAAUGCCGAGCUCGCGGAGAAGGAGGCUGAGCACAAGAACGCCGUGGCCGAGAAGACUCGCCUCCACGGCGAGGCCGAGGGUGCUGAGGCCGAGGUCAAGCGGCUUAGGCAGGAGCAGAACCAGAUGCGUGAGCGCAUCGUCGAGUGCGAAGAGCAGAUCCGGAGGUGUGGUGAGAUGGAGAAGAGCAAGCUCGCCCAGUUCGGGCACAAUAUGGAAUGGGUCCUUGAGCAGAUCCGUCAGUCAAGAUGGUACGGACAGCCUCCCGUGGGGCCCUUCGGGCUAUACGUCAAAGUGAAGGAGCCCGAUCGGUGGGGCGCCGUGCUCCGGAUCGUCAUCGGGGGGCUCAUGGGUAGCUUCGCUAUCACUGAUCCUCGAGACCGGAACACCCUGGCGGAUAUUCUGGCAAAGAGCAACAACUCUCGCACGUGCCAGAUCAUCAUUUCAGAAGUCGAUCUCUUCGACUUUAGUGAGGGAGAGCCGCCAGUACAGUACUUGACUAUCCUUCGUGCUCUGGAGGUGUCCAAUCCUUACGUCCUUCGUCAGCUAGUCAAUACGGCUCAUAUUGAGAACCAGCUACUCGCUCCCAGUCGUCGUGAAGCAGAUCAGAUGCUCAUGGGUCUACCCAAAGGGGGCGUUGCUUUGGCGGCAGACUUAUACAGAGUUGUCCGUUUCCCUGAGGGAGGUGGUCAGUCGACCGUCCUCUCGGGCCUGAAGGGCAACGAUCCCCGUCACGUUCUGUUCCGCAACAGCAACGCCGAUGCUGAGAAGCAGCGGUGGUCGGCAUCAAAGCAGGAGUACAACAGCAGGCUGAUUGAUAUCAACCGACGAAUCCCAGAGCUGACCGCAACGGCACAACUUGCUCGGGCAGAGGCCAAGAACUUCAGCGCGCAAGAGCAGGGAUGCCUGCGUAGCAUCCGGGAGCUCAAGAAUCGCAUAAGCGACCUCCAGAAAGAACUCAACGAGGACUUGCCCGUGAAUAUUCAAGCUCUGCAGGAUGCUCUUCAGGAGCAACUCACAGAGAAGGAGUCGAUCUUGUCGCAAUUUGAGCACAUUACGAGACAAAAAGCCAAGGUCAACGAGGACCAGGCUCCGCUCAUUGCUGAGGCCGACCGGCUCCGCGUUCAGAUUGCAGACUUCAGUGACAAGCACCGAGCACUUUCUGAUGAGCUCGCGAACGCUGUCGCAGCUCGUAUACACGGGAAUGGCGUAAUUGAUCAUUACAAGGCCAAGGCGGAAGCAGAACGUCAGAAGCUCGCCACAGCGGAGAAGACAGCUGAGGAUGUGCAGAAAGAGUUUGAGAGCUGGACCGCGAAGGCGGCCGAGUACUGCGAGCGAUUCCCAAACCCACGCAAGGCCGAUGUCGUGCAGCGUACUCUAGAAGCCGUCCAGGCCGCGUUGAAGGAGCGCGAAAGGCGACAGGGCGCAUCUAUCGAGGAGAUCGCCGAGGAGCUGCAGAAGAAGAAGGCGGCACUCGACACGGCCAAGAGGGAACUCAAGUCGCUGAUGUCGCUGAACAGGGCGCUCAAGAAGUCGGUCAAGUCGCGCUUGGCGAGGUGGCACGAAUUCCGUCGUCACAUUGCCCUCCGGUGCAAGGUGUACUUUGGAUAUCACUUAUCAAACCGUGGCUAUUUCGGGAAGGUCCUGUUCGACCAUGUAAACGGAAAGCUCGAGCUCAGGGUACAGACCGACGACCAAAAUCUGACCCAGGCAAACACCCGAGAGAAGGAUCCGCGGUCACUUAGUGGUGGUGAGAAGUCGUUCUCAACCAUCUGCCUCCUGCUCUCGCUUUGGGAAUCCAUUGGCUGUCCUAUCCGCUGCCUUGACGAAUUCGACGUAUUCAUGGACGCUGUCAACCGUCGGAUCAGUAUGAGAAUGAUGAUCGAUACUGCGAACACGUCAAACCGCAAGCAGUACAUUCUCAUCACUCCCCAGGACAUGAACAACAUCCACGUCGGGAACACGGUUCGUGUUCACCGCAUGACGGAUCCUGAGCGAGGGCAAGGGGUACUGGCUUUCCAGUAGGCCGCGCUUGGGAAGUCCGGGUCAACCUUAAGCUUAAGUCUUCGUCUCUUAGUAUUGUAUUAGUAGAGCGCCUAUAUCGU